AUGGCCCUAUCCCUAAGCCUCAACUGGUCGCCACCUGCAUCCACCACGUUAUUCGACGAAGAGACGUCGGCCGCUGCUGCGGCCAAGGGGCGAGCCUCAUCCGACACCGCCAGACCCGCUUCCCGAUCCGAUCAGCCGCCUCGGUCAACAGAAAACAAGAGUCAGGCGCGCGGCGGUCCCAAGACGUUUGCGCAGGCUCCGCUUCGAACAGCUUCGCCUGUCGGGUCACCGCUCCAGGAGAACGCCGCUCCGCCCCAGCCAUCAGGCCCGAACGGCGCUCUGCGCUUUCCACAGGCGUCCAGCGACCAGCGACCCCAAGGACCCGCGCUGCAUUCGCAGGCACCCAGCUGGCCCAUGUUUGGCAAUCAGUUCCAGCAGCAGCCCUUUGGGCAGUCGACUCCGGGCUACUUUGCCCAGAUGCCGCCGCAGCAGAACCAGUUUGCGUGGGCCCAGUACCAGCAGAUGCUGCAGGCGCAGGCGCAGCAGUUCUACCACCAGCAGGCCGCCUCGAGCGAGAUUUCGGCGACGUCGGACCACCGACGGCGCACCUCGUCUGUGCCGCAGAGGCCUCCCCACAUCACCUACAACGACACGUUCCGACAGCAGCAGCAGCAGCAGCAGCAGCAGCAGCCGCAUCCCUCGCCUCAGGCAUACCCCGGUGUGGCGUUCGCGGGCGGCCCGCAGCAGAUGCAGAUGCGAGCGUACUCGGGCAACUCGGUCACGAGUCCGGCCCAUGGCGGCGGCGCGGGCGGCAUCCCUAGCGGCCAGCACGUCCCCUCGCAUUCGACCUCGUCUUCCAUCUCGUCGUCGGGCGGCUUCCACCCGUACCGCAGGACGCCACAGCAGCGAGGAAACUCGGAUGCCGGCGCACCCCCCAACUCGAUCCAGUUUGGUCAGCUGCCGCCGUCCGGUGCCGGAUCAAUGACGUUUGGCUCGACGGGCAGUGCCGGCGGCGGACCUCCGCGCGGCCGCACCACGAGCACCAACUCGGUUGGAUCGGCGCGCGAUGCUGGCCUGCCGUCCUCGCCAAUCCACGCGCCCGAGCGCAAGCGCGGCCUGUCGACGUCGGCGUCGCCCCACGCUGGAGCCACCGCGCCCAGUGGCAACGCGCGACCCGCCGUGGCCCUCCAGUCAAACUCUGCGCAAGCUGGCCUUGCUCACCUUCGAGGCGCCCCUCCGCGGUCCAACAGUCAGAGCAGCCUGGCGUCCGACCGUUCGGGCCGGCAUGCGGCUUCGGGAAGCGACAUCAGCGCCAAGUCGACCGGCGCGGCGCAGCACGGUCGCAACGAGUCGACCUCUUCGACCAUCUCGGCCGGCGGCAGCGGCGGCCGCGGCCUGGCUGCGAACACUGCGGCCGCUGCGGCGGCCAAGCGACCUUCGCCGCUCUCGAGGCAGAGCGCCCAGCCUACCGGCGACGAUGACGACGACGGACGCGCCCCGAAAAAGACGGGCUUGUCGGGUAAGCUGCGCAAGGCGCUGUCCUUUUCCAACAUGGCCGAGAUGCAGCAGGCGGCCGAGUCGCAGCGUACGGGUCCGGGCCGGGCGCCCUUCGGUCCGGUCGCCGGCGGCCACCCGAACUCGUCGGGCGAUACCAACGGCUCCACCGGCUCGACGCGCUCCACGUCGCCGCCGCGUACGCCCGACAACGGCGCCAACCCAGCGUCGUCGGCCGCCUCGAUCAGCUCGCGGCGGAGCGCCCGCCCGCCGCUCUCGAGCGCCAAUGACGGCAAGCGCAGCAUCUUCAACCGCAAAUUCAACUCGUCGACCGACAACAUCUCGAUCUCGUCAACGGUGUCGAGCGCAUCGGUGAUGCUGCGCAAGGUGGGCAACCUGGGCAAGCUGGCGCGCCGCCACAGCCUCAUGGGCCUCACCAACAUGUUCAACAAGGACAAGGAGCGCGAGGGCCGCGAGGGCUUCCACAACGACAGCUUCGGCACGCUGCCGCCGGCCGCCGCGGCCGACGACUCGGCCAUCGGAUCGGCGACGGGCGCCAAGGCCAAGAAGGGCAAGAGCAAGAAGGCGAGCCCGGCGACGGCCUCGAUCACGCACGCCACCGUCGAGCUCGAGAGCUCGCGUGGGUCCGAGAACGGCAUGACGCCAGCGGCGUCGUACGUGCGGCAGCACCAGCUGCAGAUGCAGCAGCAGGCCGAGCUCGAGGCAAGAGUGGCGCGCGAGCGGGCCGAGGCCGAGGCACGGGCCAACCGAACCGCCGAGGCCAGCGCCGCCUCCAACACGCGCCAGAAGAUGAUCGAGGAGGAGAAGCAGAAGAUGAAGAGCAAGCGCGGCUGGCGCAAAAAGUUUGGCGGCAGCAGCGGCUCCAUCAGCUCGAACGCACCCACCGGCCUCGAGACGACCUACGCCGACGCCGAGACCAACGACGACCACGAGGCGGCUCACUACGGCGGCAGUGGCGCCGCCGGCUACGCACCUCCGGAGGCGCCGGCGCCCGGCGUUUCGGCGCUGCCUCCCCAGCUCAGCAUGCCCUACGACGAGGGGGGCUUUGACGCGUCGUUCGACGACGAUGAGCUGCAGCCCCCGCACAUGCCGGCGGCGGGCGGCGGCGAGGAUUCGGCCGAUGAGUUCGAGACCGACAGCCUUCGACACUGGGGCGAGGGCAUUGAGCGGUCGCGUGCCAGCGCGGCCAACUUCAAGAACCCCAAGGGCAUCCUCAAGAAGACGACGUCGUUUGACCAGCUGCCAGGGUUUGAGCGUCCGUUUGCCGGGCGGGUCCGCGCCAACUCGUACGAUGCGCCGCAGCCGGCGUCCAACGGCCUGGCCCUGACCAGCAGCACGCCGUCGAUGACGCAGAUCUCGACCGACGGCGGCGAGCGGCUCGACGGCGUGGCGCGCAUCGACUCGCCCCACUCUUCGCGCCCCGGGUCGAGGUCCGGCGACGACCCGUCGGCGAGCGCGCGCAACACGCCCCGGUCCGCCUCGCCGCACGGCGGACCGCCGCCCGCCGCCGUCCUGGGCCACCACUCGAACUCGUCGAUGCCCACGCUCUCGCUCAUGAUGGACGGCGGCGAAGCUGCGCAGGCGCUGACGCCGCGCUCCGUCACGGGCCCUCCGCAGGCCAAGAAGAAGCUCGUGUUCGCCGACGAGCACAUCUACCACUCGACCUGGCCGGCGCACGUCUACGACCGCCGCGGCGAGCUGGCCACGUGCAACCGGCUCACGCCCGUCCUGGCGCAGCGCAUCAAGGAGGAGCUCAACUCGUACAAGAUGGAGGAGAUGGCCGUCGCCGCCUCGAGCCGCAUCUACACCCACUUCUUCGUCUAG